AACUGGGACCACCAGCGCAACAGCUUUCAACCUAAAGAAGUAUCUCCCGUCUGCCUCUAGAAAACUCCCUCACUUCUUCCCUCCUUCCCUCCCUCCCUCCCUCAAGUCAAGUUCAUGCAACUUCCACGAAGUGUUCGAGAUUUAAUAAUUUAUGCUUGACCAGUGCAAGUCGUGUGGAGCAAUCAGCCAUUCGCACUCACCACCAAUUCAAAGAUCAAUCUAGAAAGACCAUUCGCAAGCAAGUUCAGAGACGAGACCGGCGGAGAGAUUGGAAAAGGAGAGAGCGAUGGCGGAUAGCGUCGUCAGCUUCCUGCUUCACAAGAUCGAUUUCCUUCUGAGCAGAGAAUGGGCCCUCCUGAGCGGCAUCAACGACGAGAUCGGCGGCUUGAAGCGCGAGCUCGAGGCGAUCGGAGCGCUGCUGAGGGACAGCGACAGGAGGGGGGAGAGCAACGAGCAAGUCCGGGUUUGGAUUCAGCAGGCUCGGGAUUUGGCCUACGAUAUAGAAGAUGUUCUCGACAUGUAUGCUUUUCACAUCGCCCAGCUGUCUAAUCAGUUGCCGGAGUUUCUUCAGGGCCUUACUCGGCUGAAGCAACGUCGCUUCAUCGCCGUCUUGAUUCGUGAAAUAAAGGCCAAACUCCACGGCGUCAAGCUAACUAGGGAAAGGUAUGAUGGGAUGAGUAACACUCCAGUCUCGUCCCCCAUUCCUGGCCACCAAAAUCACUCCUACCUCCACCCCAGAGUUGCCGCUCUGUAUCUUGACGAAUCUGAAGUUGUUGGAAUUGAAGAACCACGGCACAAGUUGUCAGAAUGGGCGGUAUCUGGGGAAGCCAAACUAGAUGUGAUAUUCGUUGUAGGGAUGGGUGGAUUGGGCAAGACAACCCUUGUCAGGAAAGUUGCCGAUAAGAUUAAGAAAAACUUUGAUUGCUUCGCAUGGAUAACCAUCUCCAAGUCCGACAAGAACGAGGAGCUUCUAUGGACCAUGCUGAAGCGCGUGUUUGAAUCUACUGGCAAACAGGUUCCAAGCUCGUUCCACACCAUCAACCAGCUCCAGCUGAUGGAUAAACUCCGGGCCUAUCUCCGGCACAAAAGGUUUCUAAUAGUUCUUGAUGAUCUAUGGAAGAAAGAUGUCUGGGAAUCCAUAAAGCACGCCUUGCCUACUCAAAACCAUGGGCGAAUCAUUAUCACAACCAGAAGGGGUGAUAUCGCUCGGAUAUGCAGCCACAGCUCUGCCCAGGUUCACAACCUCCAGCCGCUGCCAUUAGAUAAGGCUCGCCAGCUUUUUUACAAGAAAAUUUUCCCGUCAUCUGGUGAUUGUCCUGCUGGGUUGCUAGCCUGGUCAGACAUGAUCUUAGAAAGAUGCAAAGGGUUGCCUUUGGCAAUUGCCACCCUAGGUACUCUACUGUCCCAUGCAGAGAGGACAACAGAUGCAUGGAAGAAGCUACACGACAGCCUUGGGGCUGAGCUACACAUGAAUGGCCGUCUUUCGAGUACUAGAAGUGUGCUGUCUAUCUGUUACGAUGACUUGCCUUAUUAUCUGAAGUAUUGCUUUCUAUACUUCAGCGUUUUCCCAGAAGAUUAUUUGGUUAAGCGCAGGAGGCUCAUUCGGCUAUGGGUCUCAGAAGGACUAGUGAAAGAAGUGACUGGGAAAACACUUGAGGAGGUUGGAGAGGACUACUUAAGUGAGCUAAUUGACAGAAACUUGGUUCAUGUAAAUGAGGUGGAUUUUGAUGGACGACCAAAAACCUGUUGCGUUCACCAUCUCUGGCACAAGAUCAUUCUCUCAAAGUCCCAGGAAGAGAAUUUCUGCAGGGUCUCUACUGACACAGAAAUGAUCCGUGAUGCAAAAAUCAGAAGGCUCUCUAUCCAGAGGAAGUUCAAUUGCUUGUCGCAAAAGGUCUUCCCCUGUGCUCGUAGCCUUUUCAUGUUUGGCAUGGAAGCUCACUUUGCUACCCAGAAUAUCCUCAAAAGCUUUUGCAUUCUGAAGGUUUUGGACUUGGAAGGUGCUCCACUAGACAUGUUUCCUCAAGUCAUAUGCGAACUUCUCCUCCUGAAGUACCUAAGCUUGAGAGAUACAAAAAUCCAGAAGCUUCCAAAGUCCCUAGGUAGGCUUCAAAAUUUAGAAACUUUGGAUCUUAAGCAAACUCUAGUCACUCAGUUGCAUGAUAACAUACUCAGACUUGAGAAACUGAGGCAUCUGUUAGUUGAUCACCGCCUCACAGAGAAUUUUCCAAGUGCUGAACCGAUAAGAGGAUUCAAGACAUCUUCAAAUAUAGGGAGGUUAGAGGCCUUACAGAAACUAUUGUAUAUAAGAGCUGGUAAGAAUGGUGGCAGCGUCAUUCAAGCCCUGGGAAACUUGACACAACUAAGGAAACUGGGAAUUGUUGAACUAGCAGAAGAAGAUGGAGAACACUUGAUCCACUCAAUUGAGAAGAUGGUGAACCUUCGUUCCUUGGAUGUAAAAUCAAUCGAGGGGGAGUUUCUGGAUCUAAGUGUGGUAUCUUCUCCUCCUCCAUUUCUUCAACGCUUGUAUCUAAACGGGCACUUGCAGAAGGUACCAGAUUGGGUUUCGUCAUUACAUGACCUGGUGAGAGUACGUCUAAUGCGAUCCAGAUUAGAAAGCAACCCUAUUACUAUCCUACAAGACCUUCCCAAUCUGAUGGAACUCCAGUUGCUUGAUGCCUACAAUGGAACCAAAUUGGAUUUUCUUCCAGAAAAGUUUCAAAAUCUGAAGAUAUUACAACUAGAAAACUUGAACAAGUUAGAAUUGGUGGUGGUGGGAAACAACUCUCUGUCUAGCCUGGAGAAGCUUGUUAUAAGCCAGUGUAGAAAAAUAAAGCAUGUUCCUGAAGGUAUUAGUGAAUUGGCAAGCCUCAAAGAAUUAAACUUGAAUGACAUGUCAGAGGAGCUUGUCAGUGGGCUUGAAAGAAAUGGUGGCCAGUUCAUGGGCUUGUCAAACACAUCCCACUAAUUUGUUCUUAUUCUCUUCAGAGUAAUGGUUGCCGGAAGCAAAUACAUUUUUCAUGAUAGAAUCUACUGGUUCUAUCUAUGUUAGCAUGGGAUCCAGAUCCGUUGUGGGAUUUCAUGAUGUUUGGGGGACAUGGUAGAUAUAAAGUCAAGUAGAAAAGUGCAUUGUGAUUCAUAGGGAUAGCAAAGCAAAUUGUUAUUUUUGUUACCAUUAUUUGCUUUAGCAGAGCAAAAAUAAAACUAAAAACAAGGAGUUUAUGGGCAAGGUUACAAGACUAGCUAUUGUGUUUGUAA